UGUGCGUGUGUGCGUGCGGGCGUGUGUGUGGAGAGAGAGAGAUAUAUAAUUUGUGGUGUACAAGGGCAAAUGUUUAAUGUCCAAAAAUAUACAGGUAUUACAUCAAAUAUAGGUUGUGUUGCUGGUAAAUAUUGUUUUGUAGUAUGUCUUAGGAACCUAUAUUUUACAAACCUGCAGUGUUGUCAGAAGUGUGCAUCACAGGUGCUGAUCAAACACCUGGUGUUAUGCAUGCAUUGUACAUGUGGCAAUGUUAUCCAAUCUGAAUUUUACUGUUUCCAGAUCGAGAAGAAAAAGGGAACGGACCCCGAGCCCUGCUUAUUCAAGGUCUAGGUCUCGUAGGUCGCGGUCACGGUCACCUUACGACAAGCCCAAAAACAAGAUUAAAAACCUCCAGUUUGAGACUAGUUUUGCGGCAGAGUUAAGCAAGCACCGGAAAAGUGAGUUUAAGCUGAAUAAGGAACAUCCCAUCGCAGCAGGGUACCACUUUCAGCCGAAGAUAGAUAAUAACGAUCGAAAGUCGGACAGAGGUGCAUCUACACAGCACAACAAAACAGAUUCCGGACAUGGACCGCCAGUGCCCGUAAUGAUCGAGAGGCAGCAACAGAGCGCCGUUAGGCGCGAAGAAAUCCGAAGACCGCCCGUCAAGGAGGAACCCGCGAGAGUUCUCAUCGAAGACGUGCGAAACAUUUGUCUGCCGCCACCGAUCGUGCAGCCUCCCGCUCCGUCUGAGCACAAGCAGCAUCGGCCGCUAGCCCUGCCGCUUCCUCCAGGCGUGGACACGAACGACGGGAGUGCACUGGAAGAGGCGGAGUCGAGUCCCUUUAGCAGUAACGAGUAUUCUCAGAUGCCGAAGCCGAAGAGCAGGCUUCAGGAUCUGCCGAUGCCGCCGGUCGACAGCGACGCCGAGUCAAUAUCCUCGGAGCCGGAAGUCGACGAGGAGAAAGAUACCGAGAAUAUGAAAGUCCGUUACAAGAUUAUUGGGAAAAGCAAUGCUCGCCACGAUGUCGUUGCAUGGGGUACUCGUUUUGUGGACAUGUACGAUAUUGUCAGUCAGAUCGGCGAGGGGACAUACGGACAAGUGUACAAGGCACGAGAUAAAAUUGCAGGAGAGAUGGUAGCACUUAAAAAGGUUCGACUAGAAAAUGAGAAAGAAGGUUUUCCUAUUACGGCUGUGAGAGAGAUAAAAAUUCUACGCCAGCUCAACCAUCAAAACAUUGUCAACAUGAAAGAGAUUGUCACGGACAAGCAAGAUGCAACUGAUUUCAAAAAGGAUAAAGGUGCAUUCUAUCUAGUGUUUGAAUACAUGGAUCAUGACCUGAUGGGCCUCUUAGAGUCUGGCCUCGUGCAUUUCAACGAGUCCCACAUCUCGUCCUUCAUGAAGCAGUUGUUACUCGGCCUCAACUACUGCCACGAGAAGAACUUUCUGCACAGAGACAUUAAGUGUUCCAACAUUCUCAUGAACAACAAGGGCCAGAUAAAGCUCGCCGACUUUGGUCUGGCGCGGCUGUAUGACGCAGAGGAGAGUCGGCCGUACACAAACAAGGUGAUCACGCUGUGGUAUCGCCCUCCCGAACUGCUCUUGGGGGAGGAACGGUACACGUCCGCCAUCGAUGUCUGGAGCUGUGGAUGUAUCCUUGGUGAGCUCUUCACAAAGAAACCCAUCUUUCAAGCAAAUCAGGAACUGGCACAACUAGAGCUCAUCAGUAGGGUUUGUGGCACGCCAAACCCUAGCGUAUGGCCUGAUGUGGUAAAAUUGCCACUCUUUCAUACCAUGAAGCCAAAGAAAAUGUACCGGCGGCGCUUGAGAGAGGAAUUCUGUCUACUACCUGCACCUGCACUGGAUCUCCUAGACAAAAUGCUGGAAUUAGAUCCACUAAGGCGAAUCAGUGCUCAAGAGGCUCUGGCAUGUUCCUGGCUACAAGAUCUCGAUCCAGAUAAAAUGCCUCCACCAGACCUGCCUCUGUGGCAAGACUGCCACGAGAUGUGGAGCAAGAAGCGCAGGAAGGCGUUGCGGGCCGAGCAGGAGGCUGCCCGACAGCCGGGCAGCCAGCGGCAGGGCAUCCCACACAUCGACUCUGCAGCCAGCCUGCCGCUGCUCGGCGAUGACUCGGCGACGCAGGACGCCCCCGCGUCUGCCGACAGGCAGAGCAAGACCGACAGCAAGGAGCCGACGCCGAAGGACGCUCCGCCGUUUGCAAUGAGGGAAACGCCGGGCAGCGGUUCGAAGGGCACGCCGUUCACUACUGAGCCUCAGCAACAACAGCAGCAGCAGCAGCAGCCGCAGCAGCUGUUGUUGUUCGGUCAGGACGAGUCGUCGUCGUCGCACACGCCGGCGAAGACGGAGAGCGCCGCCGCGGAUGCUGCGGACGUGAAGAGCGGCGGCGAGGGGAGCGGCGGCGGCGGGCUGACGGCGACGGUCGCGCGCAUGCUGCAGUCGCAGCCCGAGCUCAGCGUCGAGCAGCUCACGAAGCAGCUCAAUCUGAGCGCCGACCCCAACAUCAAGACGCUGCUGGAGGCGCUCAACCUGCAGCUGCUGCUCGCCAACGCCGCCAGCAGGCAGCAGAGGGACUCUAGCGCGGAGCCGCCGGCCGCCGGCUCGAGGACAGGAGGCGGCGCGGUGCUGACCGCCGCGCAGCCCCUCGUGCCAGGCAGUGACGACUACGGUGAUAGUAGUAGUGGUGGCGGCGAGCGGCCGGCCGAGCAGCAGCAUCAACUUGUGUACAAUAACGGCCAGGGCGACGUGCAUGGUGAUCGUGCUCAAGCGGCGAAGGAGGAGUCGCAGCAUUUGUCGACUGGUUUGAAGGCUGCCUUGGCACAGAUGCUGGCAGCGCAGGGCAUGAAGGUGAGCUUCGCCGCAUCGACGGGCAACAGCACAGAGCCGGCCCAGCCGAACUACACUUCAGCUACUGCGGCCGCAUUCCCCGACGGAUCCUACGCAUCUGACUCUAACAGUUAUGGUAAUGUCACUGAUAUAUGUACAAGUGCUUUGAGGCACACGUUUUCGACUAAUUCAUUGGGUGACUCUGUUAUUAGUGAUGGGAAUACGUUGUUAGGUGCUCCUGGAAUUAGGGGUCAGGAGAAUGAAACUAACAUCAUGUCAUUAUUAUUGCCUGAAACGCCCACGUCACUCCCACCGAAACCUUCCCUGCCAUCCAUAUUGAAAAAGAUCACCGUCAAUCGGUCAGAUAACUUGCAGGUUAAUUACGUGCAGGAAAAGCUCGUUGUUGAGCGGUAUGACUAUUCUAGUUCUGCACAUGUUACUGGUUACGCGUUUAAUUCCAUGUCUAGUGAUGGGAGGCAGGUGGAUAGAUUAUUUCAGAGCGAUGCUGCAGGUGGCGCUGUCAGACAGUCUGUCCGCAACGAGCAGGGUCCUCGUGAAGGUUUGUAUUCGGAUAAAUGGUCCGAGCCUUACGAUGGCCAUCCAGGAAGACGGUCGCCACCUCUAAGGCCUGGCGCACAGGGUUACAUUGGUGAUGGUAGGUACAGGACGUCUGAAGGUCGCGUACCCGGCGAUCCGUAUUUUGACCAAAAACUGUCGAAGGAUGAAGAGAGACAGUUUGACAGAGGGGUGGGGAGGCCCGUCAAAGAGGUUAUAGAAUACGAUCCCAAUAUAAGAGCAGGGGAAAGACAUCCUCCGUCGAAUUUUGAUGAGAGGAUGGCGCCUCAAGUCAUUGACUAUACCGAACGUGGUCCGUGGACAGGCCAGCGCCGCGGAGAGGCCGGUCCGGCGGGGGAGAGACCGGACAGGUUUUUCCCCGGAAGACCUGAGAGAAAUUUCGGCGAAGGUUACGAGGGUCGCGAGCAGGUGCCCCCGGCUUCCCGCGCUAGGCAGUCGUUCGAUUAUUCGCAAGACUCGUACCGAGCGUCUCCGUCCGAGUCGCGGGAGAUGAUGCGCAGGGCUUCGGGCGACGAAGCAUCGAGAACCGGGCCGCAGCGUGGAAGCGCCGCCCCCGCGAAUGCCUCGAGGGAAACGCAUCCCUACUACGGAGGAGCGGACGCAAACGCGCGAGAGCGGACCGACUGGAACGAGCCGGAAGAAACGGACCGGCAUCAGUACGACGCGUACCCGUCCGAGGAAUUUGAGGACCUGCGGCCCGGACGACCGGAAAGCGGUGGCAGUGACAUGUCGAUAGACACGGAAGAGGGCAACGCUGUGGGCACCACGGAUCGUUUGCCAGGAGCCGGUUCCGGCGGAGCGAGUAGAGAUGGCGGGGCGGACGUCCCGCCAAGAAGGCUGCCGUUAGACAGCUCUCCGGAAUUGGAUGACAGUGAGAUGUUGAAGAACGUGAAACAGAAACUAGGUGGCGAUCCCGAACGGUCGGAUACGAACGAAGCGGUGAGCGAGCGUGAGUUGUCAGCUCAGAAAGUAGAAGCCGAGAAGGUAAGUACAUGGCCAACUCAAGAUGACACUGGUAACAAGGGAGAACGUGGAGGACCACCUCCAGUGCAAGGUGAAAACAGGGAUGAGCACAGGGGACCACUUCCAACACAGGGUGGAAAUACCGAGCCAGUUGGCGGGCUGCCUCGAGUCUUCGGUGGCGAUGUGAAGCAAGAUGGUGCGCCACCUACAUUUCCGGGAGAGUUUCAUCCUCACUCCAUGGGUUCACAGGAGAGAUUUCAUUCCUCGCCUAAUCUCCGACCCCGGUUCCAACAACCUCCACCUCAGAGACAGCAGGGCCUGCUAAGUCCACCAGUACAGCAGCACACGAGCAGCUUAGCUAACGUAGCGUAUCAAGAGCCAGUGCGCCAGAGUUUGAAUCCACUUCGUCCAUGCUUUGGUGAAGGCCAGAUUCGGAAUCGACCACCACUUUCUCGUGUUCAGGUUGGGAAUGGAUCACCAUUCCAGCAGGGGCAUAUAAGGAGCAGAUCACCAUUACCGCAAGGUCACAUUGGGAACAACCCUGUAACAAAACUAAUGGAUGUGCCAGUUAAUGAGGACAGUGCAACUAGUCAUGAGGAAAUAGACCCGUCUGUAGGCGAGGAUGGUCUGGGACAUAUCAACCCAAUGCCCUUUGCUGGCAUGGGAAGAGGGCCUCCACCAUUCAUGCCAAGAGGAGGUCCUGGGAGAGGAGAAUGGGCUAGGGGAAGGGGUAGAGGUGGUUUCUACUAAUCAUAAAGAGGGUCAAUAAUGUAACUACUGCCGCAAUGAAAAUAGUCAUAUAGUUUAUUGAAGAGAGUUGAGUGCAUAUUUUUUUGUGGAAUAUAUCGACAAGUAUCAUGUAGUGUGUAAUUGUACUACCUUACCACGUUACCAUAUAAUGACAUGAUGCGGAGGUUGAUGGUGACCUGUAUAUAUAUUCAGUGUGUGCAUCUAUGUGUUACAUUUCUUUGAGGUUUCAUGGUGGUUGGUGUGUCAGGUAUGUGGGUUAAGAAGGGUUAUAUGUACAUGGCCUUGUAUGUCACUUACAUCGUGAACCUUGUUUCUGAUUUGCCUGUUGGUUGCUUCCUACGUUUCUUGUCUAUUUAUGGCCAGUGCCUGGUGUUUCCUGCCCUUAUUGUUGCAUAAAUGUUCUUUUUUGAAAUGUGUUAAAUAAUUUUCAUCUUUCAGAAAAUUACAUAAGAACAAUAGAAAAUAUUGUUGAAAUAUUUCGUUCUGCACCGGUAAUAAUAUGAUUUUUCCUAUGAAGUAGGAAAUAAUUAUCUAUGUUCCAGCAAUGUGACACAACUCCUGCUAAUUAGUUGUAUUAUUGCAUGUAUAUGCAAAAUCAAUUUCGUUUGUAGAAAAAUAUUAUGAACUGCACACUCUGAUAAUAUGAUGCUGACUGCCACCCGAUAUUGUAGUGAUUGUUGGCGCUAUUGUUUUAUCGUUUAUGUAUUCUAAUGAUGUCACGGUGCAGCUGUGAACGCAGCUGGUUAUCCUUGUAUGUUUUCAUCAUAGAAGGCAGAGUGGUUUUUCUUUCAUGGUUGUAAUGAGAUUUCAUUAAGGGUGGCAUUGUAACAGAGUGUAGGCAGUUCAGUGGCUAGUUGCCCCUUCUCACAAAUGUAAGUGCUUACACCUAAGUAAAAUUUUGAAAAUGA